AUGUGGAAGGAUGGAUAUUUUGCAAGGCGACUGUUUGAGCAGAUGAGUUCAAAUGAUGUUAUAAUGUGGAACAUGAUGGUUUCUGGAUACGCGUCAAAGAAAGAUUUCAAAAGGGCAUUGAGGUAUGUUGAUCAGAUGAGUCUUAAAGAAAUGGGCGGAUUUGGAGAAUUAGAACCAAAUAUCAUGUCAUGGACUGCAUUAAUCACAGGUAAUUUACAAAACGGAUACCCGUAUCAAGCAUUAAAUUUAUUCAAGAAAAUGGUGAUCCGAGGAGUAAAACCAAAUUCCACCACCAUCUCAAGUGUUAUUUCGGCUUGUGCCUACUUAUCUUUGGAAAGAAAUGGCAAGGAGAUUCAUGGGUACUGUAUAAAAAGUGAAGAGAUUGAUUCAAAUUUGUUUGUGGGCAACUCCUUGAUUAGCUUCUAUUCCAAAUCCCAGAGGCUAAGUGAUGUGGCAAUAAAGUAUUUCGAUAGAACUAAAAAAGGGAGAUUAUAA